UUAGAGACGAAAGAGAGGGAGGAAAGGUGUAGCGAACCCAACCGGUCUAACUCUGAGCCGCCAAAGCACUUUGCCCGAGCGAGCUUUCGCCCGAUAGCGAGACCGAAUCGGCCCGCAACGGCCUUCACUCGGACAUUUAAGGUGAUGAGAGGCUCGCGCAUCAUGUCGUCUCGUCCACACAGCCGCAAACCUCCCUCCUCGCUCUCAUCUUCUCCAGAAACCCUAGCCGUCGGCCCUCCUUUCACUUUUGAUUGGAAGUCGACAUCAAGGAAAUCUUCUCUUUAUCUUCUUCGCUCGACUGUGGGGCAGGCGCUGAGCAUCUUCAUGUCUUCUUAAUAGGAGCAAACAAAACUAACGGAUAUUUCAUUCUGUUAAUCAUAUGCAAAAAGACCCAGAUGUCUCAGAAUGGAGAACAUUUUAAUGAACGAGAGGGAGAUUAUCCAGUAGUUUUCGAGGUCUAUGGAGAGCCUGCUGUUGUAAUCAAUGGCUUGCCAAAGAACAAGUCGUGCAAGAAGAAACCAUUACUGAGUCGUGAUGCAAGAAGAAAACAAGCUGAUGAUCCAUUUUUUGGCAAGUUAUUGGAAGGAAGAAACGUUAGAAAACUAUUUGGAGGCCAUUAUUACCAUGGAGAGGUGGUGAAGUAUGAUUCUGAAGUGAAUUGGUACAGAGUGGUUUAUGAAGAUGGCGAUUUUGAAGAUAUUGAGUGGCAUGAGCUAGAGGAGGUGUUGUUGCCUCUAGACAUUAAUAUUCCACUGAAAUUACUGCCUUUUCAGAGUUUCCUGCAUAAUAAAUAUUAUUCUGGGUCAAAAUUUAUCAUGGAGAGGACCUUAGAGCCCUGCCAAAUCAGCCAACAAAUAUAUGAUGUACCAGUUCAAAUAGAUUACAAAUCUGUAAUAAAUUGGGGGGAUGUCACUGUGCAGGCAAACAUGGAAGAGUGAAGAGAACUUUUUGAAAGUUCAACAGAACGAGAUAUAAUUCUAUCAGGAAGUGUUAGAACUAUCAGGAAUUUGAUUUUUACAUUUAUACCGCUCAAAUCUUUUAUAUCGCAUAAAAAAUGCCACUACUUUAACCACUAAAAAGUGAAAAACAUCUUUGGGAAUAUGUAAGGUGAAAUGUAUGUAAAGAUUAAAGUUUAGGUGUU